CCGAAAAAGUUCAAAGUAAGAAAAAAAGGAAAACAACAAAAAUGUUUUGAAUUGAAUUUGGAGACAGGGUGAAAGUUUCGUUUUCUAAGGUGCGAAAAUAUGCGGCAUGUCUUUUAAUUAGUUUCCGGGAUAUGUAGUUUAUAAUAGUUUGGUGCUAAAGAAAAUCGUCGUCAUAUGACUGGUGCCAAUCUUUUAAAUCAUCCCCCUCCUAUUUAUAAUGUACAAGAGGGGGCCCCCAUUACAGAAGUACAGGAGGACCAUGGAGCACCCCCUUCAUAUGAAGAAGCUAUCAACCCCAAUGCCCCUCCUCCAUCUUAUGACUCCCUGUUUGGCAGAGUGAGAGAAGCACAAAAAACCAGCAAAGGCAUUUUAGACUUUUUUACAAAUGUAGUUAUAAUAGUGCUGGGAACAUUGGGAUGUUCAAUAAUAUUAGGUGUAACGAUAGUUGUUCCAAUAUGUAUGAUUGUGAUGGGAUCAAUAUAUCUCCAUGAGUGUCCUCAGGGAGAAUACAUUCCAGUUUAUUUACUUGUUGGAGGCAUCUUUGGCAUCCUAAAACAGCUUCUCCAUCUCUCCGCUAGAGUUCGUCAAACAGAAGAAGAACGCCAAGAAGAGAACCUGAGACAAUCACCCACGCAAACUCUUCUGAAUUGUUUCAUGCUAGGAUGGUUUAUUAUAGGAUCGGUCUGGGUCUACAAAGAAUAUGAACCCAACUACAAUCCAACAAACGGAAAAUACUGUAACAGAAAUCUGUAUCUUUUUGCCUUUUGGCUGAUAACUUCUGUUUAUUCAAUAUUAGGGUUUUUAACUAUUUGCUUGUGUUCUAUCAGCAUUGCUACCGUUAUUUUUCAUACAGAUAGGCGCGAUGAUAGGCAAGUAACUCGACAUAAUAGAGCUUGGUAAGGUAUUUAAUAAAUUAACUUUUUUUGGUUAUUAAAGUAUAAUUUAAUAAAUCAUUUAUUGAAACUCUUUGCCAUUUAACAAAUGAAUCUUCCCUUUUCUACAAAAUAAUUUAUUUGACAUUUCUUAAAUUGGUUUUUAAUGACAUUAUGUUUGCUGUCUUUUCGGGUAUCAAAUUUAUGAAUGGAGUUCAUGAGAGAGGUUUAAAAAUCAUAAACAACAUUUUAGCCAAAAAAAAAAAUGCUUUUAAAAUUAUAACGUUAUUUUUUUCACAAUAAUUAACUACUAAUAAGGUAUAUACAGUGUUCAUAUUUUCUUUUUUAAUUAAAACAUUUAAAAGAAUAGUUUAUUUGAAAACAAAACUAUCCAAUAUUUAUAGGUAGGGGAGAGGACCCUAAGAUGACGAACUUAAGAUUUGCGGUCCAAUUAUAACUCUGUUUUCCUCCUUUAAAUGUUUUUUUUUUAAACAGGGCAUAUAAUAUUUAAGUGACUAAUCAAUAUUUGAGUCUGUUUUAAUUCAAAUUUGCACUUUGUGGCUGGUAAUUUAUUUGGGGAAAAAAAAUGUAAUCAUCGUCAUCUUACACGCGGUUGCUGACAAGAUGACGAGCGUAUGUGGGUAAGUUGACGAAUAUAGUAAAAAGGCAAUAAAACAAUACAUUUAGACAUUUUAACGAUUUAUUUUUAUAAAAUAAACAAAAUCUAAAAGCAAGGAAAGUCAAAAAUAUUAAAAAAAUCCAAGGGCGAACACAAAAUUUCAAAUUGUAACUUAAUUUUAAAUACGACAAAAAUCGCACACCCACACUUUGGCUUUUGCUUCUUUCAAAUUAAGUCCAGUGCAUUCUGCGUGUGCCCACUUGGUGCAUAUAUUACAACAAAACCAAAGCUCAUUAUGUUUGCCCUCAUCUUCACAAAAAUGCACAGUCUGUCAUCUUCUUCAACCUCUUCGUCCAUGUCAUCAUUACUAUCCACCACAGCUAUACCUACAGAACUAAUCAGAUUUUUCUUGAACCGAUAUGCUGCUGAUUUUUUUUGAUUUUUUUCUUCGGCGGGGCUUUCAUUUGUUUUUUCUUCUCUUUUUCAAGUUUUUCAUUGUGCUUUUGCUCUAAAGCAUCUUUAACGGGCGUGCUAGAAAUUAUAAGUGAUGGUAGCUUUUUCCUACAACGUCUGUUCUGCGUGUUUGCUUUAGGCAAAGGAGGUAAUCCCAACUCGAUUGUCGGGCUCUGAUGGCAUUUUUUAUCAGAAGUUUAAAAUGGUUUUUCAAUAUUAUCUCUAUCUGCUCUUUGUUAGGAGUUACUGACUCUGGCAUGCGCUGAGGACCAGAUGUGGAAGGCACAAGUUCCUCAAUUAAUUUUGGUUCAGCGUUAAUUUCCCUUUCUGUCGUUUGGGCAGUUUCAAAGUCAAUGUCCGUAAAAAUGUCAGAAUCAAACGGGUCUAUACGAGUUGGCACGAAACCCACUUAAAGCAUUCGCGACGGUUGCUACUUUUAAAUAGGCCUUUCCAAAGAUUGAGGCAAUGUCAUUCAGUGAAAUGGCUUUUCCAGGAUUGUUUGUCAAAAAGUCAUCACAAGCCCUACUAUAUGCAGUUUUUAAGGGGCCAUACAUAGACACAUCUAAUGGUUGCAUUCUGUGACUGGUGUGUGCGGGAAAUCCCAAGAGAGAAAUAUAAUUUUCCCUGCACAAUGUUACAGCUUCAAAGGUCACAUGACUUGCAUGGUUAUCCAUUAUGAGCAGAACUCUGUUGUUUUCGCUAGGACAAGCGUAUUGGAUAAAAUGUUCCAGGUAUUUCAAAAAAUUUGCAGAUGUCAUCCAUCCGGUUUCAUGUGCAAAACCUGUAAAUCCAGCAGGUGUGUUGUUCAUGUAGGCUGGUUGCAUUCUAACUCUAGGGAAAAUCAAAAAAGGGGGAAUAAAUGACCCACUUGCGUUCAUCGUGCAUACUGCAGUCACAUUAGUUCCUCGUUCCGCAGAAGAUAUCUUAAUUACUCUUCGCUUGCCUUUUGGGGUAACUAUCCUGGGAUUAUUUGUGGCAACUGUUGAUACACCGGUUUCAUAUACGCUGUAAAUUUGAUUGGGUUGGAAAUUAUGUUUUUCUUUGAGUUCCUUAAGCGCGUUAAAAAAAUUGGAAACACUUUGGCGAUUAAAUCCCAUAAGUCUAGCUAUCGAGGUCGAUUCUGGCUUACGUAGAGAAAAGUUGUAUUUCCACAUAAACAGCUCAACAAAGUGUCGUCCAGCCUUCUUCUUGGUUGUGUUAAAUCUGUGUGAAAUGUUACGAUUUUCCGCAAAAUUAUAAAUUAUCCUGCUUAACUGCUCCUUGGUUAGUCCAAAAGCCCGUUUGUCAAUAUUGAUAAUGUACUCCCGUAGUUCUUCUAAUUCCAUAUUCGAAAACGUGCUCUUGAAUCGACCAGAAUUGCAAGGAAAUUCCUGAAAAUAAAGACCAAUCAUUGUUUUUAAUAAUAUAUUAUUUUAGGAGAGAUUUUAUCCGUACUUCCUCAGAAUCCCGCUUCAGAUAUAUUCUAAGAGUUGCUUCUGGGAGAUUAUAUGCUUUUGCCAUGGAAUUUACGCUUUUGUUGUUUUGUCUAACCUCAUUUAUGGCAAUUCGCAUGUUCUCAUUACUCCAUGAUUGUCGAUUCGUUUUGCGCUUGUACACUCUUCCCAUAUUUUAUUAUCUAAAAUUGUGUGUAACUAAUUUAUUACCCAACAAACAUCAUAUUAUAUGGGAGUGGGUAAGAUAACGAAUUCGCUAUCUUGGCUACUUUGUUCUUCGUCAAGUUAUCCCCAUCACAGUUAAAAUAAAAAAAAAAUUAAAACAAAGAAAAACGUUAAUUUAGUGUUAUAUCACAGAUGAUGCCAAACACACUCAUAAACAUCCAUCACUUAAAAAGUUUUAAGUUUGAACUUACCUAGAAAAAUGCAGACGUUAUUUUAUAAGCCGCUAAAAUUAUAACGAAGCCCGACGAUUCACCUUGUUCACUUAUUGCGGACUGACUUACCCUCUCAAGGCCGAAGUGAAACAAACCGCGUAAGGCGCACGCGCAUAACGAACGUUUCACAUCAUAUUGGCUGCGCAAAGAGAGAGAAGGUAUGAUUUAUAGUCGAUUCGUCAUCUUACCCACUUCGUCAUCUUAGGGCGCUCUCCCCUACAUUAAUAUUCACAGUGUAUCUAUAAACUAAAACCCUUUGCUUUGACUUAUUUUAAGGCAACACGUCAUAUGUUUUGUGAUUAAUAAUUUGCUCAUAAUAUACUUGUUUGUAGUUUAGUAUUUUUGUUAAUGUUUGUUUUGUUGGUGUUUAUUAUUAUAUGAACUAUAUGUUUGUUUUUUUUUUAACAAUCUGUGAUAAGGUAUAAUUAAUUCCGUAAAGAAUUAAUUUCAGUUUAGUUAUUAAGAGACAGAAAUCUAACAUUUAUUAGCUUAGUUUUUUAUAAAGGUAAUUUUUAUUCAAACUUUCGUUUGAUGUAUUUGUUAUUUGCUGUGAAAAAUCAACUACGGUGAAUAUUGACAUAAUUUGAUAAAAAUUAUUUGGAAUCGGUUAAAAUCUUGACCUAGUGAUUCAUUUGCUAAUAUUGCAGUAUUUAAGUCUUAGAGGUUGAAGUCAAUAUUCACUCAGUUUUGAUUUUUUACAGUAAAAUAUUGAAUAAAUUGGUAGUAUAAGUAUGAGUAUCUUAUAAAGGCUUUGAAAAUGAUUGAUUAAUCAAACUUACAUCCUUUUCUUUCAUGGCAAAUGAUAAUAAAUUAUUAUAAGCAAUUUUUUUAAUAGCUGUAACAAUGUUUAUUGGGUACACCCACCCCUGAUACAAUAAUAGAGGGUACACCAAUAUUAGGUUAACAAAAGAAGGUUAAGUCUUAAGUGUAAAAUUUCCGACGUUUAGGCUUAUAUUAGGACCUAAAAAUAGUAAUAACAACCUUAGCAUAGAUCUUAAGAUGUUCAUCAAUCUUGAAGAAAAUGAUAUUUACUUUAUAAAACUUAUAUACAUUAGUUUCUUAUAUAUGUAAGGAGUGAGGUUUAGUAAAAGGUAUUGAUGUUUUAAUUUUGUUAAAAGAUAUUGAGUAUCAAACUCCAUGUGACUUUAUAUCUGUUGCUAUUGACCUUAUAUUUUUUCACUAAAAUAAUAUAUUUAUAUUUUUCUCUGAGGAUGACCUAAUUAAUAUAGGCCAAAAUGUCGGGGUAUUUUAAACUUUACAACAAACAAUUUAUUACUUUUUUUACUUUACAAAAAAAAUGCUUAUUUUGAGCCCUUUGGUCUACAUACGCGGCUUUUAAGACUGAUUGAACUAUAUUUGCAUGAAAAAAGGUGUAUUUUACAGUCUUCAAAUUGGCAUCUUUUAGGAAUCAUAAAUUAUAAGAAUCUCAAGUAAUAAUCUCAUAUGUACUUUAAUAUUAUAUAUAGUGUGACCUCGAGUAAUACGUACUAAUUUAAGUACAUAACAUCUAUUUUAAAGAAAUAGUAUAUUACUAACUUAGGCAGGAAAUUAUCGUAUAAGGAUUUUUUUCGCGGUUAGUAUACAAUUUUCCUGCUUUGUUUGGAAUAGUUUGUUAAAAAUUUACUGUAAAAAUGUAUUAUAAAGCAUUUUCAUCAAUAUAUAGUAUAGCUAAAUAA